AUGUCGAAGCCACGAACACCACCGACACCCAAUGCGCGAUUCCGAGUGCAAGCCCCAGAGCCACCGACACCGAAACACCCAGGUCCCCCGGGUCAAUCCGCACCAUCCGCGCCGUCAGGUCCAUCCCUGAUCAAACAAAGACGUCCUCUAUUCUCGCCUUUCCUGACGACCCUCCGUCAACGCUUCAGCGCACUCCCCUCACCCAUCCGACGAGCAGGCCGCACCCUCCGCUGGCUGGGCCCAUUGCUCCCAAUCGCCCUCUACUUCCCCGAACAUGUCAUGCAAGUCAUGUGGGUGCGCGGCCCAUCAAUGACGCCCUCCCUAAACGAAGACUACGAGCAAUCCCAAACAAAAAGCGACAUAGUACUGGUCAACAUGUGGCCAUGGGGGUCUUUGAUCCCCUUCCUCAAAGAGCCGAAGCUUGAACGCGGAAUGAUCGUGACUUUCCGCUCCCCUGCAAACCCGUCCCAUAUCGCCAUUAAGCGCAUUGUCGGAUUACCUGGUGACCGUGUCACGACGCGAGAGCCAUGUAUGCGCCCGACGCAGAUCGUGCCUUGGAACCAUGUCUGGUUGGAAGGCGAUGCGGAGAAUCCGCGCAAGACAAUGGAUAGCAAUACAUAUGGCCCGGUCAGUCUCAAUCUGGUUACUGGGCGGGUCUGGGCAGUUUUGGGUCCGCGAAUGCGUUGGCUGGAUUGGAAGGAUUGGGAAACCGAUAGUGAUGACGCUGCCAGUAUACACCGGAAGAGUGUCAGAGAGCGUGUGGUAAAGGAUGCUGUGACACUCGAGCAGCCAUUUUUGAAUUGA